UUUUUUAUCAGUGAAAAAAUUGAGUUUUUUUUUCUAUUUUUUCAAAAAUAUUUUUGAUUCUAGGAUUUAAAUAAUAUUAUUUAAUAUUAUUGAAUAUUAAUUACUAGCUCGCUAUCAACAUUUAACACUCAGAAGUCAGAACUUUUGUUACCUUGCGCGCUGUCAGUGAAAAAUUUCAAUCUUGUCACCUUUAUUUCUCAUCAGUACCCAGCAUCCAUGUGUUUUGUAAGAUGAAAAUUUGAUUGGUAGUAUCUUGAAAAAACCAAAAAAUGGGCAAAAAGAAUGUUAAAAAAUUGGUUUUUGAUGAAGAUUCUAGACGAGAAUUCGUUACUGGUUUUCAAAAACGAAAACUUGCCCGAAAGAAAAAAGCGGCUGAAGAAUUCGAACAACAACUGAAGGAAGCAAAAAAACAAAUAAAAGAGAAGAUUCGCGAAACAUUUAAAAAAGUUACUCGUCCCAUUUUAUCAAUAAACGAUGACGUUAAAGAUGCUAGUGAGACGGAAUAUGAGUUGCCAGAACAUAUAAUCAAAGUUAAAGAACUCAUACCCGAUGAAAUUGCCGAACAACAUAAUUGGAUAGGACGAAACAGGAUGCGUAUUGAAAGUGAAGAAAGUCAAGAUACUGUCGACGAAGAUUCGAAAACUCAUACCGAAGAAGUAAUACCUGGGAUGUCUAUCACAUCAUUGAAACAAGUUAAAAAAAUGAUUACAAAUCAAGCUGGAUCGUUGAUGCAAAAUAGUGAAGUUUUUAAGAAAAAAAACAAACUCGAAAGAUUGAAGAAUCGUAAAAAAGCCGCGUUGAAAAGAAACUUACUUAGGAAAGAAAAAAAGAAAUUAAAAGGCAGGAAGAGAAAAUGAUUUGUUUGAGAAAGGAUUUUUAUUUAUUGUACAUAUUUUAAGAGGAUUCGAAUAAAGUAAUGAGCUAUUAA